AUGUCAUUUUCAUAUUCUUCUGAAUCACAACUUUCUGAAAAUUUUUUAUAUAAUAAUUCAUAUUCAAAUCGUUUAGAAAUUCUUUAUGGAUUAGAGCCUCAUGUAGUUUUAGAUAUUGGAUCACGUCAUCUUAAAGUAGGAUUUUCUGGAGAAAAUAGUCCAAGGGGUAUUAUCGAAUAUGAUGAAAGAAGCUUUCUUGGAUACCGUAGUACUUUUGAAGAAAAUAUUACACGAUACCCUGUUAAUUUUGAAUACAUUUUGUGGGAAGGCACAGAUUUAGAACUUAUAGGAGAUAAACUUGAAAUAUAUCUAAGAGAAGCAUAUAAUAAAUGGCUUAAUUUAAGUAAUAAGUCUCGAAAAGUAAACUUAGUGGAAUAUAUUCUACUUCCAAUUAAAUUCAAAAUUAUUAUAGCAAAAACAUUAUUUACAUAUUUUCAAGUUCCUAGUAUAACAUUUUUACCAUCACAUGUUCUUGUGCUUAUUUCUCUUGGAUUAAGCAAUGGAGUUGUUAUUGACAUUGGAUCUAAAGAAACUAGCAUUCUUCCUAUUUAUGAUUUACGUCCUAUGACAUCAUUUGUUAUUACAUCACCAUUAGCAUCUAAUUUUUGUUUUUCGAGGUUAAAAUAUUUAUUAAUGCGAUAUUCUAGUCCAUUACCUGGCUCUUUGACAUUUUAUGAUGUGCAAGAUUUUUUACAAAGAGCUAUUUUUUGUUUACCAUCAUCUCCAUUUCCUUUGUCAAAAUCCAAUAUUAUUCCAUUGGAUGAACUAGAAAAUAUUUACAAGCCAAAUAUAAAAUGUUCAGAUAUUAUUUGGGAACCACCUUCUCAAAAAGGAUUAAAAAUCAAUGUACCAGGAUGGAUUCGAGUUUGUAUAACUGAAGUUUUAUUUGAGGCAUCUGACAAAUAUGCUGAUAAUGACGAAAUUUCAAUACCACAAAUUAUAAAACAAUGUUUAUCACGUCUUCCAAUAGAUAUACGAUCUGCGGUUUCUUUAUCUUUAGUUAUUUCAGGAGGUUUAUCUAUGAUACCUGGUCUACAAAAUCGAAUAAAUAAUGAAAUAAAAACAUCAGGAAGAGUUAUUCGAAAUGAAUUUAGUGUGGAUGCAGCAUGGGUAGGAGCAAGUUUAUUAGGUAAUCUUAAAAUUGAAGGAUUAUAUGAAAUUACUAGAGAAGAUUUUAUAAAAGGAAAACAAAUUCCAGAUUGGAGUACUUGUUAUAAAAAUGAAUUAUAUUUAUCAAAACAUUUAGAAGAUAAUCUAUAA